AUGGCCCUUCCACUUCUGUGUUUCUUCAAGCCUGCUGGGAUAUUUCUUCUUCUGACAUCGCCUUUAUGCUUUGCUGAAGGUGGAAAGAUACUGGUGGUACCUCAGGAUGGAAGUCCCUGGCUCAGCAUGCACCCAGUAGUGGGGAAAUUCCAUCAAAAGGGACAUGAUGUUGUUGUGCUUGUGCCGUCAACAAGUUUGCAUAUAAAGCCAAAGGAGCCUGAUAGUUACACAGUGAAAGUAUUUCCAAUACCUUAUGGAGAGCAACAUUUAGCUGAGGGGCUACAGUCAUUUCUUAAUGAUCAUUUCAUUGAACAGUCUGCUUUGACUGUGAUCUUUACAAUGUAUCAAAGUGUGUUAGAAAUUUCCAACUAGUUUUUCGUCAACUGCAAGAGCCUUUUGCACAAUGAAGAGAUGUUGCAGUAUUUGAGAGAGGGCAAAUUUGAUGUGGUUUUCACAGAUCCAUUCCUGAUGUGCGGUCCGAUAAUUGCUGAGUAUCUUUCAGUUCCUUUGUCUUGGGUUCUAAUGCAAGUUCCCAGAGACUCUAAUAAAUUUGAUAGACCCAAUAACAAUUUGUAA